AGAAUGUCUCUUAUACUUGUAUGUUCCACAAAAGUAUAAGUAUGCAUCAUUUUUAUUCUCUUACAACUUAAUUUCCAACGUUAUAAAUAUAAAUAUUUAUGACGUUGUCAAUGUUCCACAGCCGUAAAUCGCGCGCAAACUAUUGUCCCAAAAUAUUCUGACAUCCUUAAUUCCAAGCAACUUCCAAUAAUCGUUUACCUUCAUCCAUUUAGUGCCUGAAAAAAAUCUAAUCCGACUGGACUAUGAUGAUUCGCAAGAUUUCCUAGUUCACAUGUAUGCAUAUGUUGUACAUGCAGUACAGGUAUAUAAAAAAGAAACAGAUCGAGUUCACCGGAAAGUAGUACGGUAUACUAUAACUACUGAUAAACAAUCGGCGAACCCUGCAGCGCAUUGUCAAAAUUCGCUCAAUUAUCGUGCAAACACUUUACAAGUUGCUAAAGCAGCUGCAAAUAGUGUAACAGAUUGUAUUGGACUGAAACCCAAAAAAAUUGAAGUAGUUAAAAUGAUUCCGCCAGAGCCAUUAUACAAAUUAGUAAGUGCAACAGGGCCAUUUGUACGAUUAGCAGCUUUGAGUGGAGCAACGGCUGUUAUUUUAGGAGCCUAUGGCUCUCAUAGGGCUUAUCCCAAAGAAGCUCAGGGACAAGAACAGAAGCGACUGUUUGAAAUUGCUUCUCGAUAUCAUUUUAUACAUACUUUAGCUCUAUUUGGAUUGCCUAUGUGUCGAAUGCCUUUUGUGGCUGGUACAUUCAUGAUGUCUGGAAUAGUUCUCUUUUGCGGUACCUGCUAUUAUUAUGCAUUUACGGGAGACAAGUCUUACAGUAAAUUGACACCAAUUGGAGGUACUUGUUUAAUUCUUGGCUGGCUUGGAAUGGUUAUAUAAAAUAAACAAGACUUGAACAUAUUAAGAUAUUAAUUAUGCCAAAAAAUAAGAAAUUAUUUUGAAGUAUCAAAAAAUGUAUAUUGUAAGCAAAGCGUGCAUGAAUUCUAUCAUCUUGUAAAAAGGUGCAAAAAAAUACCAUUGUUUUAUAAAAGAAACACACUAACAAAUGUGUUAAAAUGGGAUUUAAUUAUUUUAAAUGGUGUACAAUUAUUUUGUUACUCAUUGUUAUUGCAUGCUAAACUUGUAUUUACAUGCUGCAAUAUUAAAAAUAAUAUACUAUAUAACUUAA